UUAAUGGAGUCAAAACGGCAACGUUUCUCCACCUGUUAACCACAAGGGAAUUGUGGAACUCGGAAUUUGAUCCGACUCAUCGACCAAAAACCGGAGCAACGGAAGGCGAAGAGGUCUCCUGAUGUAUCAUCCUACUAGAGGUGGCGUUCGCGGUGGGCGAGAUCAAUUUAGUUGGGAGGAUGUAAAAGCUGAUAAACAUAGAGAGAACUACCUUGGUCACAGUAUCAAGGCUCCUGUGGGAAGAUGGCAGAAAGGGAAAGAUCUACACUGGUAUACCAGGGACAAAAAAUCUCGGGAUUCAGAGAUGGAGGCUGCAAAAGAAGAAAUAAAAAGAAUAAAGGAAGAGGAGGAGCAGGCCAUGAGGGAGGCUCUAGGCUUAGCUCCUAAGCGUGCUAGCCGACCUCAAGGUAAUCGGCUUGAUAAGCAUGAGUUUUCUGAACUUGUGAAGCGAAGCUCUACUGCAGAGGACUUGGGUGCAGGGCAUGCUGAAGCUGCUCAGGUUCAGGGUCUUGGUUUCUCAAGGGCGCCCCGCCCUUGGGAAGAAACAAGUUCUCUUCAACCCACUCUGAAGGAUGUUUCACCUGAAGCAGAAAAGGAGGUUGUGCCUGAUCUGUCACCUAGAAAUCCUCAACAAGAGGAAUCUGAGGAUGAAAGUAAUAGAAAGAAAAGGAGGCGUGAAGAGAAGAAAAAAGAGAAGCAUGAAAGGCGUGAGAAACGGCGUUCUCGUGAUUCGGAGGACAGGAGGAAACCCAGGAAAGACAAGGAGAAAAGGAGGCAUGACUCUGACUCUGACUAAUAUGUUUAUAAAAAUCUGAAGUCGUGUUUCGCGGUAGAUUUUAUUAUUAUUUUUUUUUUCUGGAAUUAAAUUUGAUGUACUCUAUGUAAUUCCAAAUAAGGAUUAUAUGUUUGCAUU